AUGAAAUCUAAUCAGUGCUACCAAGAAGAAAGCUCUCUUAAAGCAUUUUCUGAUGAAGGAUGCGAUCAAAGGUGUUCAGAAUCUCAAAUAGACUCGAAAAUUGAGGUACCUGUUGUAUUUCUCAAUAAAAAUAUUAAAUUUCCAUUUCUGUAUCCUCCAAUCUGAUCCAAGGAAGAUACUGGGAAGGAGUUUUGUUUGGAUAAAGCUGAUAGCAAUACUCAAAUGUCUCUUAUAGCCUCUCAAAUACAAGUGGAGGUGAUUCAGAAUGAUGAGAAAAAUUCAUCUUUGUCUCAUUUGAACGAUUUAGGAAAAUUGAGUCCUGAUCUUCUUGAUGGAACUCGAUCAAUUACAUCAGAAAAUAAAAACGAAGACUGGAUCACUUUUCAGAUUACUAUAACUCAUGAUGAGAAUGCAACUCAGGAGGAUACAUUAUCAAAGAAAUCAGAAGAGAAAGAGACCAUUGCUUCUCUAGAGAAGUACCCUCAUUAUAUUUCUGAGCGCUUAGAAAAGGAAUCUAAUGAGAUUAGGAGGAUCACAACUUGUAUUAAUAAUCAAUGAGGAAAAGAAUUCUCCUCUCUUCCAAUUUUUAUCAAACAUGCAAGGAUGCACCUUCCAAAGAAAUAAAUAGCAUAAAGAGACUGUGCAGAAUUCCAUUGCAAAAGAAGUACUGAUGAGUGUUGCUUCUUACUGCUUAUAAGACAGUAACUCUAUUGAUUUCUAUUAUCAAUUUU